AUGAAUGUUGUCCUACGUUGCUAUGUAUUGCCGGCUACCACGAAGCCCCCAACACGAGCAGUUUGCAAGUUUGAAGAAGUCAUGAGGCCUUCCCCCCGGCUCUACGAAGAUGAUCGACAAAGCAGAGGAGUCGAGCUCCACCAGCCCUUGAUAAUUAAAGGAUACUUCAUAUCAAUACAUGUUAGCUGCAAAGGAGACGCCACGAAGAGACAGGAAAAUCGUCACUAUCAAUAUGUACGCUCAGGAUUCAAAAGUUCCUCCACCUGGCUGCGGUUUGAGGCCUGA